AUGCACGCGUUACCCGGCGCGCAGGCGGCCAUCGGCAGCCACCGGUCGGGACUAGACCUAUCGGUAAAUUUGUCUGCUGCGGCCCUCGCCGCCAGCAGACGCUUCCGAGAACCCAGCGGCUCCUUCCGAGUACCCAGCAGCGUCUUCGAAAGCGACUUGCCCGUGAGCAUCGAUACCGAGCGCAUUCGACGCUAUGAAUUGGAACAGACCGAACUUAGGUCCAGAGACCCAAGGUCGAGCGACCUACGACUGAAUGAGCUCCGACCGAGCGAGCUGCGACCCAAAGAGCUACGACUGAACGAGCUACGACCGAGCGAGCUGCGACCCAGCGAGCUGGCUGUUGGUGGGUUACUACGGCCGAGCGAGAUGAAGCCUAGUAAACAUAGGCCGCUUGAGUCCCUGGGGCGACCGCUCGUCAGUCCGUCCGAGCCAGGCGGGGUACAAUCUUUUGUGCUCGCACGAGGCUCGAUCGGACGAGGCACGGCUCGGAGUACAAUGCAGAGCAGCCGGUCUUCUGCGGGCGAGAGGCUGGUAGACCCUGGCGCCUCGAGUCCUCUGGCAGGUCACCAGAGCCUCUCGGAAAUCCGGUCGGAGAUCCGGACAUCGGCCCAUUCGGAUCUCCGUUCAAGACUCCGGAUCCAACGCAGAGCGUUGAAGGCACAGUGCGAAGCGGCGGUUUUCAUAGCAGAGAAUCUUUGUAUCCCUCAGGGCGAGGCUGAACUACGGGCUUUGAUGCGCGGCCACGAGCUUCCGAAAAGGGAAGGCCGGGAUAAGAUCAGGAGACAUCUCAAGAAGCCGGCGCUGCUCCAGUGCUUGCACGUCUCACCGGAACUUUGUGCGCAUAUUGACCACUUGAGCGACGCCGAACUCUUCUACUGCAGAGACCAAGUUCGGCCCACAGCCGUCGUAACCUCUGCCCACCAUUUCACCCCCACCACACACGUCAACCAGGCGACCCCGGGGGCUCAUGUCACUCCGACCCCGUCGGGAAUUUGUGUGAAACGAGAAGACCAAAUUUACUCCGUGACCCAUUCCGCCUCCAAUGCUAGAGCGACUCUUCCCCGGGCAAAAUACGGUCAGCAGCCCCUCACGUAUUCGGAAAUACAACCGAACUGGAACCAAGUGGCAGGUAAUAAUUCGGUGGUAAGAACAGUUAUUCAUACCCUUCCAGCGAGGCCGAUGGACGAGAUCAGAACCACACCAGUCGAAGAACUCAUCCAGGCGGCCCCUCUCCAAGGUAAGUACCACGGCAGGCCGUUCAGUUCUGGUAUGCCUGCGGGGUCCAGGAACACCUGCCCAACCCGUACGUCAUUCGGCAGUACCUUUGUGAGAUGCUCUCCUACAACUCGGUCCAGCUUCAGCCCGACCGGCAACUCGGUUCGCCGAAUGGGUAACAGCCCCCUAUCCAGCAGUCCCCUAACCAGCGGCCAACUGGCCUCCAGCCCCGUAGCCAGCACCCCUUCGACCAUUGGCGCCAUGGGCAGUCCGCUCCAUAACGCGCGGCACACAGUGGGACCAUUUGGCAGUGUGCCAUUCAGGGGUCUACCAACGACGACCACCACCAGACACAGUAUGCCCGUCUACCCGACCACCAGUCCCAUUGCUCAGUUGGCGUUCAGCAAGCGCAACCUGCCUGGCCCUAUUGGACCUACACCCCGGCUUGUGCACUUGGCUGAGAACCAGUCGCCUCUGAACUACUUCGAAGCUUCGCCACCCAAGGUACUCGGCAUCCGCCCCCGGACGCCAAUGCACCAUCUUCGACCCAGUAUCGUCCCCGACCGACUAACGGCUUGGGGCGGGCAGGCCAGUCCGGCGCAAAGCGACUCCGACCAGCGCAGACCCGAGUAUAGUAGGAUCGGACGCAACCCUAGCGCCGAUUUCAGUCGAUGGCCCUCGCUACAGCCUAGGCUCAGUCCUUUACCCCUACCCACCCCCUCUGCCAACCCACUGUCUGCCAUCGGACUAUCCGGCAACCGAUUCGCUGGCAACCAAUUUGGUGGCAACCAAUUUGGUGGCAGUCAGUUCCCGACGAACAGACUUCUGACCAGCCGGUUGCCGCUCGAUGUUAUUCGGUCUAGCAGUAGCCCUCUGGCCCGGUCUACUUUACCGGCCUCUCUGAGGCCGAGCUUCAGGACCGCCUCUGAUCCGCUGGCCAACUGCGAGCCGGUCGCGAACUGGGGCGCCGUAAAAGGCUCCAGCCAACGAGCGACCUUGCCCUCGCCAGCACGACAUCUGUUCCCAGUUCAAGAGGCGCCUUACUUGCGUCCAUAUACAUUGGACAUCCGACCGAGCCCGCCUUUCCUGAGUAACCGUGCUCCGAGUUAUAGUUUGGCUGCCCCUCUUGACUCUAGCCCUCUUGGCACUGGUCCUGUUGCCAUUGACGGUGUGCUGGCAAAGUCCAACUUGACCCUGGGGCAGCCCAACGUGACUCUGGGCCACUUCAACAUGCCCCUGAGGAAACCCAACUUAAUCUGUUCGCCACUCCAGCCGGCUUUACAGGCGGGUGUCCAGCCGGCUACGGUGGAUGGAGCACUGCUCUCAGGGCCUCAGGCCCCCAUCCAAAUCUCCCCUCAGGUCCCCAUUCAAGGCGCGUUAUCUCUGUCUCCGAAGGAGAUGAGUCGGCUGGGAGAAGGAGUGGAACAGGAGUAUUCCGGAGACAUGGGGGAAUGGGGGUUCCAGUCUGAAGUGUCAGGUGCACGUCAUACGGCACCCAUGAUGGUGGCUGCCAAGCCGUUAGAUAGCAUCCUGGAUGCGAUGCGCGAAGACGUACGUAACCAUGUUGCGAAAAAUGGGGCACGCGAUUUGAAUGCAGCUCCCUACCCUUCUGACAGCGGCUUCUCGCUGGAUUACGCAGCGUCCACAAGUCCCCAGAACUCCGAACGUACUGACUUCAGCUCUGCUUCCAGCGUGCGGCGCCAAAACCUUCUCAAGAGAGUGCUGCCCAGACCACGGCCUGAGACAAUUCCGGAGAACCACUCCCUCUGUUCCGGAAGCCAAGACCUGGUACCAAGACAGGACGUGGUACCAAAACGAGACCAGGUCUCUGGACAAAACCCGGUCGGCGCAAGUCGAGCCGGCAGCAUUAAUGUCUCCGGAGUUGAGAUUCCGCUGCUUCAUAUUCAAAAGCUAGAAGCCCGGAACGAUCCCGGUGCCGUGGUUGGUGGCUUGGCAGCUGGUGGGAACCUGCCUGUUGUCACUGGCGGAAGCUCGCCAGAUGACUUAGACUAG